UGGUAUAUGGAGGCCAGGAUCUGGAUGGUAGUUGCCUGAACUGGAACUUAUGCUAUAGACAUUUCUUUGUGGAUUUGUCUAAAAACCUGAGGAAAAGAAUAUUUGAGGUCCAUUCCUAAAGAAUUGCUAAAGAAAGAAAAGGAAGCAAUGACAUAAUGCCUAGUGUUGGAGCCAGUUAAACUAGUAACCAUUGCUGUCUUCAGAAAAGAAGUUAAGGAAUGAGAGGCAAGGGAGAAAGUACACUCAUCCUGGAAAGACCCAAAGCACUUUGAAACGGUAAACGAGUGAACUGACAGCCGCUGAAACCGCCUUCGUCACCGCAGUGGAUGAAGACCUGCAAGUUUAAACGCAUGUCCUUGCCUGCAGAUUCUGACAUGAUUCUGAUUGGAUUCUUUCUCUCCUCCUACUCCUCAGAUUGAUCAUACUUACAAGAGCUGCUAUGAUACGAAGGGGAGGUGGAAACUGAUGGGUGAAAGUUUUGCCAUGCACUGAAAGGAAAGCAUUGUCUGUGAAAGUCCUUUCUUAAAAAUGUCUGCUUGUAACACCUUUACUGAACACGUUUGGAAACCUGGUGAAUGCAAGAACUGCUUUAAGCCUAAAAGCUUACACCAGCUUCCCCUAGACCCUGAGAAGGCACCCGUCACCCAUGGCAAUGUGAAAACCAAUGCCAAUCACAGUAAUAACCACCGCAUGAGGAGCACUGGGAAUUUCCGUCCCCCUGUGGCUAAAAAACCCACUAUAGCUGUGAAACCCACUAUGAUGGUGGCAGAUGGGCAGAGUGUAUGUGGUGAACUUAGCAUCCAAGAACACUGUGAGAACAAGCCUGUCAUCGUAGGGUGGAACCGAAACAGGACGGCCUUGAAUCAAAAACCACUUAAUAAUAAUAAUGAAGAUGAUAUUGAAGGAUUUAGCCAUGUUCCCAAGCCUUAUGGCAAUAAUGAUAGUGCAAAGAAGAUACCAAAUAACAAUAAUGGUCUAACUGAUGUGCUAAAAGAGAUAGCAGGCUUGGAUACCACCCCUCAGAUGAGAGGAAAUGAAACAAACUCCAGAGAAACAUUCUUAGGAAGAAUAAACGAUUGCUAUAAAAGAUCAUUGGAAAGAAAGCUUCCACCAAGUUGCAUGAUGGGCGGUAUAAAGGAUACUCAGGGCAAGCACGUUAUUCUGAGCGGGAGCACGGAAGUGAUCAGUAAUGAGGGGGGCCGGUUCUGUUACCCAGAGUUUUCUAGUGGCGAGGAGAGUGAGGAAGAUGUACUUUUCAGUAACAUGGAGGAGGAGCAUGAGAGCUGGGAUGAGAGCGACGAAGAGCUGCUGGCCAUGGAGAUUUGCAUGAGAGGGCAGCCCCGCUUUGCUAAUUUCAGGGCAAAUACUUUGUCUCCUGUUCGGUUCUUUGUGGACAAAAAAUGGAAUACUGUCCCUCUGCGAAAUAAGUCUCUGCAGAGAAUCUGUGCUGUAGACUAUGAUGACAGUUAUGAUGAAAUCCUGAAUGGUUAUGAAGAGAAUUCUGUGGUCUCCUGUGGACCAGGAAGCAUGCAGAGCAUGGUGUCCUCUGACUCUACAUCACCAGACUCUUCUUUAACAGAAGAAUCACGUUCUGAGACAGCCAGUGGUUUAUCCCAGAAGAUCUGUAAUGGAAGAGUAUCUCCUGGUAACCCGGGAAAUUCUAAGGACAUAAAGGAAAGUGAGCCCAAUUCUGAAAGUCUCUCUGGUAAUGAUCAGGAGAAGGAUUCCUCACAAGCACCUAAAAGCUCAGUGAAAGUUCCAGAAACCCACAAAGCAGUUCUUGCUCUCCGAUUAGAGGAGAAGGAUGGCAAGAUUGCUGUACAGACUGAGAAGCAAGAAAGUAAAGCCUCUACAGAUAUUGCUGGGCAAGCAGUAACCAUUAACCUCGUCCCCGUAGAAGAGCAAGCAAAGCCCUACCGAGUUGUGAAUCUGGAACAGCCACUGUGCAAGCCAUAUACUAUCGUGGACGUGUCAGCAGCCAUGGCCACUGAGCACCUCGAGGGCCCUGUGACCAGCCCCAAGACAAAAAUCUCAUCUUCUACUCCAAACUCUCCGAUGACAUCACCUGCAUCGACAUCAGGACAAAUAAGUGCCCACUUCCAAAAAUCCAGUGCAAUACGAUACCAGGAAGUCUGGACUUCCAGUACCAGUCCACGACAAAAGAUACCCAAGGUGGAGUUAAUUGGUGGUGGAACUGGACCAAAUGUCCCUCCAAGGAAAAACUGUCACAAAUCAGCACCUACGUCACCCACAACUACAAACAUUUCUUCUAAAACCAUCCCUGUUAAGUCACCCAACUUGUCUGAAAUAAAAUUUAAUAGUUAUAACAAUGCUGGUAUGCCACCUUUUCCAAUUAUCAUUCACGAUGAGCCAACUUAUGCUCGGAGUUCCAAAAAUGCCAUCAAAGUUCCCAUUGUAAUCAACCCAAAUGCAUAUGACAAUCUAGCCAUUUACAAAAGUUUUCUUGGAACAAGUGGAGAACUCUCAGUGAAGGGAAAAACCACAAGUAUAAUAAGCCAUACUUAUGAAGAAAUAGAAACUGAUAAAGUGUCCGAUAACACCACUAGCAAACCUACUGAGUGCCCCCAAGCCAAAGGGCUUUCAAGCAGCACGGAGCGUAAAAGGGGCUCAGUGGCUCAGAAGGUUCAGGAGUUUAACAGCUGUCUGAAUAGAGGUCAGUCUUCACCACAGAAAAGCUACAGUUCUGGCCACAGCUCCCCAGCAAAGAUCCAGAGAACCCCUCAAGAACCUGUGGCCCAAACAGAAGGCACUGCGGAGUCUCAGAUGGUCAGCGGCAGCAGCAGCACCAGGGAGAAAGCCAGCACAGUGCUUUCCCAGAUUGUGGCUUCUAUCCAGCCACCACAGUCUCCUCCAGAAAUGCCCCAGUCUGGCCCUAAAGCAUGCAGUGUGGAAGAGCUCUAUGCAGUCCCUCCAGAUGCCGACGCUAAGAGUACACCGGUCCGACCCAAAUCUCUCUUUACGUCUCAGCCCAGUGGGGAGGCAGAAGCCCCUCAGACCACAGAAAGUCCCACUGCCAGAGUACGGAAAGAUCCGCUCACAAAGCCAGUCACUGCCCCUCUCUCCAAGUUAGUGGCCAACCCCCAGGGUGAGCCACCCCCUCCCUUCCCCCCACCUCGUUCUACUUCCUCCCCUUACCAUGCAGGCAGCCUUUUGCAGAGACAUUUCACCAACUGGACCAAGCCAACCAGUCCUACCAGGUGUACGGAAGCUGAAUCAGUUUUGCACUCUGAAGGCAGCAGGCGGGCAGCUGACGCAAAACCUAAACGCUGGAUAUCUUUUAAAAGCUUCUUCCGCCGCCGGAAAACAGAUGAGGAGGACGACAAAGAGAAAGACCGAGAGAAAGGGAAACUGGUGGGUCUGGACGGCACAGUCAUCCACAUGCUGCCGCCUCCUCCAGUUCAGCGCCAUCACUGGUUCACAGAGGCAAAGGGAGAGUCCAGCGAGAAGCCAGCCAUUGUCUUUAUGUACAGGUGUGAUCCUACCCAGAGCCAGCUCAGUGUGGAUCAGAAGGCCAGAGCAGACCCGUCCACAGUCAUAGAGAAGGACGGGACAGAGGAGGGACUCCUGCAGGACUCAGAGAAGAAGAAAAGGAGUCUGUCUUCUCCAUCCCAGACUCCUAAAAAAAUUCUCAGUCACAAAACCCAGGAAGUGACAGAGGAUUUUUCUCCUCGGGAUCCAAGAUCUGUGGCUGUCAGGCAAGAUGAUGGAGGCUGUGCUUCUGUCCCAGCAGCAUUGCCCCCACCUGAACUGGAAAGAGAAGAGGAAAAAGAAGACGUUUCAGAUACUGUUGACCUGAAUCCCUGUAGUGCAACCUACAGCAAUUUAGGGCAAUCUAGAGCAGCUAUGAUACCACCCAAGCAUCCACGGCAGCCUAAGGGAACUUUGGAUGAUGCUGUUGUCUUUAGUGGGAAAACAGACCAAGAAACAACUAAUGCUUCCCAACCUACACCACCCCCACUGCCAAAGAAAACGAUCAUAAGAGCCAAUACAGAACCAAUCCCCAAAGACCUCCAAAAAUCCAUGGAAACGAGUCUUUGUGUAAUGGCUAAUCCCACCUAUGAUAUCGACCCCAACUGGGAUGCCAGUAGUGCUGGCUCUUCCAUCAGUUAUGAACUCAAGGGACUGGACAUUGAGUCUUAUGACUCCUUGGAAAGACCUCUGCUCAAGGAGAGACUUGUACCCUCAGCAGCAAACAGUAUCUCCAGCUUAACCACUCUCGGUAUUAAGGAUAGAUUUUCCAACAGCAUGGAGUCCCUGUCCAGCCGGCGUGGUCCCUCUUGCAGACAGGGCCGAGGCAUGCAGAAGCCACAGAGACAAGCACUUUAUAGAGGACUUGAGAAUCGAGAAGAAGUGGUGGGUAAAAUCCGAAGCCUUCAUACAGAUGCUUUGAAGAAACUGGCUAUUAAAUGUGAAGAUCUCUUCAUGGCUGGACAGAAAGAUCAGCUCCGUUUUGGGGUGGACAGCUGGUCAGACUUCAGACUAACUAGUGACAAGCCAUGUUGUGAGGCAGGUGAUGCAGUUUACUACACAGCUUCAUAUGCAAAAGAUCCACUUAAUAACUAUGCAGUCAAGAUCUGUAAGAGCAAAGCUAAAGAGUCUCAGCAGUAUUAUCACAGCUUGGCUGUCCGGCAGAGCCUGGCUAUCCAUUUCAACAUCCAACAGGACUGUGGUCAUUUCCUUGCUGAAGUCCCUAAUCGGCUGCUUCCCUGGGAGGAUCCUGAUGCCCCUGAAGAGGAAGAGGAUGAAACGAAAGAGGCUGAAGAAGAGGUGAAAGGAGAAACUGACGGGAAAAGCCCAGAGCCCUGUUCUGAAACAGAGUCAUCCCAGAAGGAAAUCCAGAGGGGCAGUAGCAGGAAGCAGAGAAGCCACGUUGUGGUCAUCACCAGAGAGGUUCCCUAUCUCACCGUGGCUGAUUUCGUGCGAGACUCUGUGGCCCAGCACGGGAAGAGCCCCGACUUGUAUGAGAGACAAGUGUGUCUGCUGCUCUUACAGCUGUGCUCUGGCCUUGAGCACCUCAAACCCUACCAUGUCACUCACUGCGAUCUUCGUCUGGAGAACCUGCUGCUUGUCCACUACCAGCCAGGGACAAGCACCCCGGGCCUUGGGCCUGCGGAGUCCAGCCCCACCUCAUCUUGCCCCACGAGGCUCAUAGUGAGCAAUUUCUCUCAAGCCAAGCAGAAGAGCCAUCUGGUGGACCCCGAGAUCCUCCGGGACCAGUCCCGCCUUGCUCCAGAGAUCAUUACAGCCACCCAGUAUAAAAAGUGUGAUGAGUUCCAGACAGGCAUUCUCAUCUAUGAGAUGCUGCACCUGCCCAACCCCUUCGAUGAGAACCCAGAGCUGAAGGAGAAAGAAUACACUCGAGCAGACCUGCCUCGCAUCCCACUUCGCUCCCCCUAUUCCCGGGGCCUACAGCAGCUGGCCAGCUGCCUCCUCAAUCCCAACCCUUCUGAGCGGAUCCUCAUUUCAGACGCCAAAGGCAUCCUCCAGUGUCUACUCUGGGGCCCCCGCGAGGAUCUCUUCCAGACUUUUACUGCCUCUCCUAGCCCAGCACAGAGGAGCGCCCUGCUCCAAAACUGGCUAGACAUCAAGCGAACACUGCUGAUGAUCAAGUUUGCUGAGAAGUCCCUGGACAGGGAGGGAGGGGUCAGCCUUGAGGACUGGCUUUGUGCUCAGUAUUUGGCCUUCGCCACUCCAGACUCCCUCGGCUGUAUUGUGAAAACCCUGCAGCACCGCUAGUGUAUCCCGGGAGCUACUUGUCUUGCGUGUUCACCUUCACAUUGCCCGUGCACUCCCCCUCCCUAGUACGUACACAGAAUUCAAGGAAAGAAGAGAGACCGACCUUUCUUCCCUGUCCAGGAAAAAUGAGUCCGCUCGGAAAGCUCGUCCACAGUUAAAGAUGGAGUAAGAAGCUGGGUCUGUCUUCACUGCACAGAAAUUCGGUCGCACAGCCAUGCAGUCACCUUCCAUUGGAACACCUUUCACCCUAAUUGUCCCCAAAUGCAGGUAAAAAAUGAAAACGUAUAUCCUUGAAGGGACAGCUCCUUUAGUAUGAACUCAGGGAGCUGUGUGCAGCUCCUCCGUAAUUCUGAAGCCCAUCUGUCUUUUUAACACCAAGUAUUGAUUCUCACUAGCAAUAGACAGAUUUGACCAGUCCUUACCAUCCACUAAGCUCUCACCACAGACUUUUUUUUCUUUCAACUAUCAAUAACUGACUCUUACCAGGCAGAACUGCCAUCCUUAGCAUCAACCCAGUCUUGUUUCCGGGGACUCUAGCCUUUGUUCCAACAGGUAGCAGAAAGACAAGGAGAGAUUCCAUCUGUUGGGUCAUGGAUGCAUUUUCAUUUGUUAUCGGCAAGUGGGGCCCUAACGGCCCCCUCUGCUGCCACUGCCUGCUUCUCCGUCACCUCUCCUCUGUCCCCACUUGCCGAUGAAGUUCGGGUUUAUCAGCCACUUGUGACCCAUUACAGAACUGACCCAAGGUGUUAUCACCAAUGCCUCUGCAGGGUGACUACAGUUCAGAUCUCAUAAGUAGCUGGCAGGACACCAGGAGAUGAUUUUCCACACGUGCAGGUCCCUAGGGGCCACCAAGGGAAUAGUCGAAAGUGCUGUCUUUGAUUACUGUCAGAGCUGUCGGCGCGGACAGCCGGCGCUGGCCGAGCGUGGCUCCCGGCGCGCCCCUGAGCAGUAAUUGGCCAGCUUCUCUCUAGCGGUAGCCAGUGCUAACAAGCCUACCAAAUGCCGUGGACAGCAGCCGUGAGUGCGACGGCUGCCAGUUGAGCCCUGAGAUCUGCUCAGAGGGCACGGCGCGCCAGCAGCGAGGAUGGCGGAGGCCAGAGAGGGGAGGAGGCCACUGAUGAGACCGCCGGCCUCCUCCUCAGGAGGCUGACCUUUGCCGAAGAGGCCGCCGCCCAGUUGCACCGCACGUGGCUCCCUGCAGUGGCUCUGGAGGAUGGCUGGCAGCGACUUCGCACGCUGGGCCGGUGCCUGCGAGCCGCACGCCAGACGUGGGCUCUGUGCGCCUCUCCUCUGAAUAUAUGUGCAAUUUUUGUAUGUAUUGUUUUUAGCUGUAUAUUACAGUGUUUAUGUGGCGACUUCACCUGAAGCAAGUUCUACAGAAAUCCUCCCCUUCUUCCCUUGGCACAUACAUGUUUGCGCUAAGAAAUGAAUACGUGUUCGUGCUACGAGAUGAGUGUCCCUUCCGGGUAGCGGGGUGGGAGGUGGCGUGUGUGUGUGCUUGUUUUCUUCAAAACUGUGAGUAUCUGUUUACUUCAACCUUGAAAUCCCAAGAGUCACUCAGAUGGUGUGAGUGUGUGCACGCGUGGGUGCGCACGCACGUGCUGGAAGUAGAGGCCAGGCCUCCAAGGGGAGCACGCUGUGGCGGGGUAGACGGACAUGUUCUCUGCAUCUAGUCGGCGAGGGAGCUCUGGGACCCUCCUCUACCAGUGCGGAGUUUCUUAAAAGCCAAGACUGAUUGUGCAGUAUUACUUAGCACAUUAGUGGCCUUUUGGAAAUUUUUAAACUUUUAACAUUUUUAACAGCCUUUCAUAUGAUUCACCUAUAUCAAAGAGGAUCAAGAAAGAAGAAUGUAUUUUAUUGUGAUCUUCUUUGGUUUUGUUUUGUUUUAUUUUGUUUUAAGAAAACAGGACAUGUGAGGCUCCAAAGGGAGGAUGUCCCUGUCCUCCUGGCCAGCAGUACAGGACUCCCAAGAAAAAGGACUCACUGGCUGACAAAGUCUUGCGUCCUCUAUAGCCAGAGAGCAGGGCUCUGCCCCUAGGAAGGGCCACAGAGGGGGCGUGCCGUUGCAGGCCAGCAGGCCGCCCCAUCUCCGUGUCCUGUGGCAUGGCUGCGCCUUGCCUGGCAGACUGGUGUGUAGCUCACCCUAGCAUCGCCCAUGUGCACAUAACUCCUUGCCUAAGUACACUGAAAUCGCAGCACACAGACCACUGGCCGUGUCGGUCAGCACGUUCCCCCAG